AUGGACCGCUUCGACGUGGUUCGCUUCGAAGACCUCACAGGCCCAAAUGGCGGCGAGUGGAUCCGCAUCGGUGGAGGAUCAUUCGGCGUCGUCUACAAGGGCGAGUAUCUCGGAACUCCCGUCGCAAUCAAGGAGGUUCUGCCUAACAACACGUACGACGUGGAGAAGUACUUUGAGAGGGAGUGCGUGCUGAUGAAGGAGGCCCGACAUCCCAACAUCACACAAUACAUUGGUCUGACCAAGUCGCCUGGCCAAGACGGGCGCAUCUACAUCAUCUCGGAGUUUGUGGGCGGGAACGUACGCUCGUACAUUGCGGACAAGAGGAAGCCGUUUGGGUGGAGGCUGAGGAUGAGCUUUGCGAUGGAUAUCGCGAGGGCUCUGGCGUACUUGCACGCGAGAAACUGCAUGCAUCGCGACCUCAAAGGGGAGAACCUGCUUAUCACGACCAACGACCGCAUCAAGAUCUGCGACUUUGGCUUUGCUCGCAUCGCAGCCCGCAACGAAGAGGAGAUGCGCCGCAUUAGCUAUUGCGGCACAGACGGCUACAUGUCUCCCGAGAUCCUACUUGGACUUGACUUCGGCUUGCCCUCCGACAUCUUUUCGCUCGGCGUCAUCUUCUGCGAAAUCGCCUCGCGUCACCUCGUCGAUAGCACGACAUUCAAGCGCGAGAUGCCGUCCUUUGGGCUGGACGAGGGUGAGGUGAGGGACAUGGCCGACGAAGGAUGCCCCGAGGGCUUCGUUCAGCUCUGCAUCGACUGCGUCGAGGUGGAACAACAGGACCGGCCUGAUAUGCGAGAGGUGGUGAGGCGUUUGCGCGAGAUUGAGAUGGAUGUCGUAGAGAGGGAGAUGAGGGAGACGCAGGGCAGGACGCUGCGCUCAGUAGGCAGCGUGAGGGGCACAGCCGGUGGUAGUCGCCGACCAGGUGUCGGACCGCGCAUGCCUAGCUUUGAUGGACAGGUCAAGCCUUUGAGCCAAGCGCAAGAGCACGAGAGCAUCGAAGGCGAUGAUGACGACGAUGACGACGACGAUGUGGAGCUGGAGUCGGCCCUCGCUCAGCUAGAGGCUGUCAGUUUUGAGAACGCCGAGCUCAUCAAGAACAUGGCUGCUAUUUCAGACGAGGACACGAUGAAGGUGUCUGGGCACGGCAAUCCGUGGUGGCACGCCGACACGCGCAGUACGCUGCCUAGCAUCCGCAAUUCCUGGAUAGCCCAGGCCACCAACGAUGCAGAGGUGGGCCCACCCAAGAAGGCAUCGUCCAUCAGACCCUCGGCUUCACGUGUCGUGAGCGGCGACUCGGACUACUCGACGUCGGUGGUGCGCAAGAAGAAGGGCAGCGAGCUGAGCGUGCGAGCGAACGGUGAAGAUGGCGAGGACGCUGGCGGCUCGACCUUGACGGUGCGGGCCAGCGACGACUCUCAAGAGCAGACUGCCGAGAGUCAUGGCGAGGCGGUCGCUGGCAGCUUCCUUACAGCCAGCUCGCGCUUCAGCACCAACGGUCACAAUCAAGAGCCUUCCCUCGCUGUUGCCACGGUCGCCUCCUCAAUCUACAGUCCCGCUCCCCUCUACCAUCGUUUCACGCUAGUCAAAAACGGUAUCAAGCGGGUGCCCAGCCUCUCCAAGCUUCGCGGCGGUGAUGCCAGCACCUCGUCCAAUGGCACUGCAGCAGCCGUUCCUGCCGGCAGUUACGGCAGCGCGGCCCUCCUUCCCCCGGCAAUCAUGCUCGCCAACGCAUUGGCAAAGUGCCACGUCUGCUCGCGCCGCAUCGGCUGGAAGCCCUUCCUCGACUGUGAUGAUUGCACGUACAAGUGCCACGUCGGAUGCGGGGAGUACGCGGAGCCUACCUGCCUGGAGAUGGAGAUCCCGGCUGCCGGCCACGAGCAUGGGAUCAUCAGUGCCGUGCAUGCCAACGGGCAACGGUCCGCCUCCUCCGGAUCUACCGAUUCGAAUGGAUCGAGCAAGCCUUCACCGCGAGCAUCCCCCGCCAACGGAGGGCAAGCGGCCCAUGCUCUCCGGCAAGCGGCAGCGGCUGCUCAUGCUGCGUACUCUGCAGAGGGCGGGGAGGCCACCCCACCGCCUACUGCGCAUUCGACGCUUAAGGGUCUGCCUGCGGGUAGGGGCCAGAAUCAGCAAAGACGUGGAAGCCAGUCCCCAUCUCCUGCUGCCAAUGAAGAGCGCGACAAGGAGCGCAAGGUCAAGGGGCUGAAGCGAUGGAGCGUCAAAGCUUCCCCGACGCGGGCCUAA